UAGUGGCAUUAUGUCAUUAUUGGAAGGCCCAGCACAGUUAUUCUGAGACAGAGCAAGUCUGGAGGGAGAGAUCUAGACUACGAGAACUACCAGAAGAAGAGAGAAAACAGUGAGGAAUAGACAACCUGAGUGUGGAAGAAGAUAAACCUGACUGUAAAACAAAAAAAAGGGAGCUGGGAAACAAAAGAAAGAAACAGAUGCAAGACAUAAAAACAGGUGGUGAGAAGUCACACAUGAGAAGAUAAGGCAGAGCAUUUUGCGUUUCAAAAGAGAAAUUGGGAUAAAGAACAUUUUGAUCAAUAAACAGCACUAAAAAAAGACAAAAGCGAAAAGAGCAUAAGAUACACAAAUAAGAAAACUCAACGCCUGAAGACUCCCAUUUUUCCAAAAGCCAGGAGAAUGUAUCCCACGUAUGCAGAUCUGGUGAAGGAGAGGAAAGGUCUGGCAUCUGCAAUAGUUCGAGAAAUAAGAGGGGAAGGUCCAACUUUUAACCUGGGUAAGAAGGUCAGCAUCCCAAGGGACGUAAUGAUGGAAGAACUCACUUUACAACGCAAUCGUGGUUCUUGUAUGUACUUGGAGCGUCAAAAGCGCGUUCAGAGGUUUACAUUUGAAUACCCAUCAGAUCAUGUCCAUGCAGGUAGCAAUGUACAUGCCCUGAAUUCUGAUCAAACAGCUGUCAAUGGCUUCUCUGGUUCAGCAGGGGCUGAUGGGAAAGAGAACUUCCGCUCAGAGAUACACAUAGUCCCGGGAGAAAAUCAGACCCCACCAAAUAUCCCUAAGAAAUCUGCCAAGGUCUUGCAGAUGAAGAUGCAGUUGAAUCCAGGAGGGAUUGCUCCAGGUUACUCUGGACCUUUAAAGGGUGUGCCAUAUGAAAAGUUCAACAACACAGCCAUCCCUUACUAUUGCCCUUGGUCUGAGAGCCACUCAGUGGCGCACGUCAUACCUGGUGAUGAAUCAUUACCACCACCUCCAAAAACACCACUAAAUGUCACACACCGUACCCAUAACAGAACUCCAUUACCCUUUGGAAGUCUAUCUAUAGUUAAUGGCGGAGAAGCUCCAUAUAAUUUUGAGGAAAUUCAAGCUCAGGUUGAAGAAUUACCCAGCGGGCAACAAUUCAUGUUCCAAAGACCCAGCUUCAACCGGGCACCUCGGGGGUGGGCAAUGGCCUUUGUGCCUGAAUCAGCAGACUUAUAGAUUUAAUUGCGGUGUUAGGACAAUGCGUACAGAUUGCUUCACAUUGCUUUGCUUAAAAGUAGUUCAGAUACAAAUAUUUGCAUUAGUUGAUGAGUAUGUAUACUCAAAUGCUCAGACUGUGCUUUAAGUAUGUCUGUAUGACACUAAAAAGCAAAGUAACAUUGCAGUUGGUUGGCAGGUACCCUUCAGUGCUACAUUUUAUAUUUACAGAGAGUCUGCCCACCUAUUAGAAUCUUUUCUAUCAGGCUAGUUAUGCCUUCUGCUCUACAUGU